AUGGCCAAGAUGACUGUUCACCCUGCUGCAAACGAGUUGUCUCUUGUUCACGGCAACACGGAUGUACCACUCUGGGAGAAGACUUUGGCCGACCUGGUCAACGAACAAGCUGAAACGUUUGGCGGGAAGACGGCGGUGAGAGUUCCAUGGCAGAAUGUCGAGUUGACCUAUAGCGACCUGGCAAAACGGUCUUUGGCCGUUGCGCGCGGACUUCUCGCGCAUGGCCUGAUGUCUGGCGAUUACGUUGGCAUCUUUGCCGGAAACCGCUACGAGUAUAUCGAAGCUUUUCUCGGAGCUACCAGUAUUGGGUGUCCAGUGGUGGUCUUGAAUAAUACCUACACACCACAGGAACUGGCACGCUCACUCAUGCAAACUUCCUGCAAGUUACUCUUCAUUGCCAAUCACAUCAAAGGCAGGAGCUUGUUAGAGCACAUGCGCUCUGUAACUCAAAAUGCCAGCCACGUGAAGAUGGUAACUUUUGGACCUACACCACCGGAUAUCAGAAACCCCCAGACUCAAUCCUACGACGUCUUCGCCUCCGCCAAUCCAAGUCUUCUAGACCUAGAGAAUAUCCACAAAGCAAGCACCCAGAUCAAACCCACCGACGUCCUAAACCUCCAAUUCACCUCCGGCACAACCGGCACCCCCAAAGCCGCCAUGCUCACCCACCGCAACAUCCUCAACAACGCCCACCUCGUCGGCGCCCGGAUGGGCCUGACUCCGUCGUCCACCAUCUGCUGCCCACCCCCACUCUUCCACUGCUUCGGCCUCGUCAUGGGCUUCCUGGCGGCCCUCGCCCACGGCGCCGCCAUCGUCUUCCCGGCCGACGCCUUCGACGCGGGGGCGACGGUCGCUGCUGUCGCGCGCGAGCGGUGCGACGUCUUGCUUGGCGUGCCGACGAUGUUGCUGGCUGUGCUGGAGGAGACGGCGCUGCGACGGGCGAAGGAGGGUGUGGGGAAGGAAGACGCCGCGACGACAACGGUCCGCACGGUGCUGGCGGCUGGCUCGCUCGUGGCGGCGCCGCUGAUGGAGAGGCUAAGGCGGGAGAUGGGCGUGAGCGACGUGCUGGUCGCGUACGGCAUGACGGAGACGAGUCCGGUGUCGUUUAUGACGGCGCGCCGUGGAGAUCGGGGGUCGGUGGAGGCGGAGGAGGAGGGGAAGCGGGGAGGAGGGGGCUUGGGGAUGGUCAUGCCGCAUACGUUGGCGAAGGUGGUGGAUGGGAAGGGGAGGGUCGUACUGAGGGGUGUGCGCGGGGAGCUGUGUACGAGCGGGUACUUGUUGAUGAAAGGGUACUUGGGGAAUGAGAAGGCGACGAGGGAGGUGAUGGAGAGGGAUGAGAGCGGAAGGGUGUGGAUGCGGACGGGGGAUGAGUGUGUCAUUGAUGAGAGUGGCGCUUGCUCCAUUACCGGGAGGAUCAAGGAUAUUAUCAUCAGAGGUGGCGAGAACAUCUUUCCGGCAGAGAUCGAAGAACGGCUGGCGGCUCACCCAUUGGUUGCUGAAGCUUGCGUCGUCGGUGUGAAGGAUGAGAAGUAUGGCGAGGUGGUUGGCUGCUUUUUGAGGGCCGUUGGCGGAGGAAAGAGGCCGGAUGACGCGAACCUUCAGUCUUGGGUCAAAGAAGCAUUAGGGCGGCACAAGUCACCUCAAUGGGUCUUUUGGAUUGGAGAUUCUGGGGUGGGUCCCGACUACCCAAAGACUGGAAGUGGUAAGCACCAAAAGCACAUUUUGCGGGCGCUGGCCAACAAGCUUGUUGGUGCCAAUUCUUUCAAAGCUAGGCUAUAA